UGUGUCCCCUUGAAGCCACAGGGAGGGGGUGCUGACUCACUUUUUAGAGUCAGAAACACCCACCGACGUUUUAACUCUUUGUGCCUCGAGCUUCCAACUACCUGUGCGCGUGCUCAGCUUGAGCAUCUGGACAGUUGGCCAAACAUUUUGUGGCGGAUUCUCGCUCGUUCGAGAUUAAAAAGACUUCAGCCUCUCCUCUAGCCAGGAAACCAACAUCACACCCUCGCCAUCAGCAGCAUGGACUAUUGCACACCUCAGCCGUCGCGCCGUCACAAUCCCGUGGACAGCAUCUGCCGCAAACUGCAGACGAUUCAGUGGCGCGGUGACCGAGAGCCCAAUUCACCCUUCCAGAUUCCCAAGCUGUCCUCCAACAGUUACGACAGCCCUCAGUGUGGCCUCAGGCACAACUUGGAAGCCAUCCUGAAGAAAGGGACCCUCCAUAGAGACGACAGGGAGAAGGAGAAAGCGAGAGAGAUGGGGAUGCCGAGCUCUGCAGCUUCCCAGCAUUCCUCUGUCCUUCUGACCACACCUUCCACUCCUACAUGCAACCCCUCCACACCAGCUAAUGUCACAUACACUAUCACUAGUACUUUGGGGGAGCGGCGAUGUGCUGAUGGAAGUGAUUUAAGACAACUUAAAACGUGGCAGAGGUAUUGUUCGACCCCCACGGGCCAGUCCAAGGACUCCCCUUACUUUACAUUCACACGAGGACCUCAGUCAGCACAGCCUGAUGGCGAGAAGCCGAGCAGGAGCCCACCUUUGUCUCGUAACUUCACCCAAAGUCGCAGCACCCUCUCCUACAACCUCAACUUCAGUUCUGCAGACAAUACAAACACUGCUGAGUGUGAGCUGCCCUAUCCAGCUCUGGUUGUGAAAAGACUGUCUAUGGGAGAUGGAGGGCCUUCAGUUGCCUCCGAAAAAGGGAAGGAGAAUAUGGCUGAAAUCAGUCUCAUCUGUGAAGAGAAUCUGCUCGACACCAUCUUCCAUGCUUGUGAUACGCAGCGCAGAGGGAAAGUGUAUGUGUCCCAUAUUGUGGACUAUCUGCGUCACACCACCAGUCGCAGCUCUGAAGACAGUGGGUUGGAGGAACUUUGCAACAUGCUGGACCCAGAACACAAAGAUGUGUCAAUUGAUCUGGACACGUACCAUGCCGUCAUGAGGGAAUGGAUCGAUGACUGCCGCAACAAUGGGGAACAGCCGACAGAAGAUGACAUCACCCAGGAAUCAGUAAAACUCAGAGACAGCCUGUGUGCCAGGAGGUCGAUGCUGUUUAAUAUGACCUCAGGAAGUUUGGAGGCAUUUGGAGGGGAGGCAUCCAGAGUCGAAUUUGAAACAUCAGAGCUGGUGUACUGUGUUGCUGACCUCCAGAUGAGCAACCAAAAGCUGCAGGAGGAGGUAAAAAAGCUGAAGCAGGUGGUGGAGAGCAUGGAGGAAAGUAACCAGAAGCUUGCGGAGGAAAACGAGGAGCUACACAAUCAAGCAAAAAUUAACCAGCAGCUGGCACAGAAGGAGAAGAUGUUGAAGGAGGAGGUGGAAGAGAUGAAGGCCACUCUGAGCUGUACGGAGGAAGGCAGAGCCCGUGCCUCCGCACACAGCAAACAUGUGGAGAGAGAGAACCAGAGUCUCAUCGCUAAGAUUGCUUCUCUUCAGGAAGAGAACUUUAAGGUCACUAUGGAGACAGAUGAGUUUCAGAGGAGAAUAACGGAGCUCUGUGACAUUAACGCUGACCUUCAGAUACAGAUUCACUCUUUUGACGCAGUCAUUAGUGAAAAGGAUGCAGUGAUAGUAGAGAAGAGCAGACAGAUAGAUGAGCUGAAGGCAGCAGUGGAGGAAUACUCUUCCAUCACAGAGCUGCUGAGGGUGGACAAGAACAAGUUGGAGAGGCAGAUGCAGAUGAUUCUCCCAGACUUGGCAGGGGCUAGUCUUUCUUUGUCAGUAGCUUAUCGGUUGAACCAGAGCAGCUCGGGAUCCUUACAAACAGAACUGGCUCUGGCACAGUCACCACUGGAGGCUCCCCAUGGAGUUGACUAUUUGUCCACUACAAGCUUUGCCUCCCCACUGGAUGAGACUCUGGACAGGGAGGUGCUGCUGAUGCUGCAGGGACCCAGCCCUGAACACAUGGCACUGGAGUUCAAAAACCUCAUAAAUAAACUGAAAAGGGACUUCAGAGAAGAAACAGACUCUGUCUUAACUUCAGUUAGAGUUUUGUUAGAUGACCACACACAGACAGAAGGCGACACCAGUCUUCAGACAGUGCAGGCCGAGCUGGACGCACGUAGGGCAGACUGGGUCCUCAGCCUGGACCAGCUGGCCCAGUACACUGACUCAUUGGAGAAAGAGCUGAUCAAAAUGGCCGGAAACAUGAGGAGGUCCCGCACUGAGAUCCUCCACCUUUCUGUCAGGGUGCAGGAGCAGGAGAACCAGAAGCGGCAGCUGUGUGAGGAGCUCGAGCAGCUAAAGACCCCUCAGGAUAGCAGAGAGGCCUCAUGCCAGACACCUGCACUAGAAGAGGAGGUUGGAGAUGACUUGGACUGGGACGAGGAAUUUGCUAUUCAAGAUUUCCUUAAGAAUGAGCUCGCAGAGAGAAAUUGCCAAGUACAUGACGGGCAAACAGAAGAUAGGCUUGAGGAAACGGGAGAUAAAAUAACAGACAGAGGUGAAGAGGAGGACGCAGAGGAGAGGUGGACAGUGGUGGAUAGCGGCGGGGAGGGAGACGUGAGGGACACAUCAACUCCGCUGUCUGUUGUCACAGUGGAGGCCCGGUCUGGGCAGGGCGCAGUGGGAGAAGGUCGAGAUUCUGCAGCCUGUAGUGAGUCAGAGCCAGAGGUGACCUGUCAACCUUUGCAGGAAGACGCAGUGGUACCACUGAGCUCCCACUCACAAGCUGUCAGCGUUACACAGCCAGAGGCGGGUGCUCUCCCUGAUCUGCCCCACUCAGAGAACAACACAGGUGCAGAGGUUUGUGAGAAUGGACGGUCUGACUCCUGUGGUCCAGCUGAAACUUUGAGAAACCCACCUGAUCAGGACCAAACUAUGGCUCCUGUUGACACCCCUCCCACAGCAGCUGAUAUGGUUUCUCCCAACAGCACCUCACCUGGAUCAGACGAGACCAUUACCCAGACUGAGAGCAGCCAGCCAACCAGUGUGGACUACGAAGGACAAGAGAAGGGAGGCAAGGUGGACUCAACUUGCGGAGCCAUGAGCUAUAUUAAGAGUGUAAGCCAGGACCCGUCGGCCAGCAGAUCACCAGCUGAGGACAGCACAAGCCUGCUACCUGUGCUGGUGGAAGAAGAGGAGACUGUGCAGGACGGUGCAGCCGGGGUUCCAAAAGCAGAGCCCAGCACGGCAGGGACAGGCCAGAUCAUCAGCAGCAGGCCACCACCUCUCUCUGACAGUUCUCCUCAGUCGGGAUCAUCUGUCACACACACCAGCCAAUCAGGGAGCGGCAUGGCCAGUACGGUCUCUGACCCAAGCCAUUCGGAGGAGCUGACUCGCACCGUGGAGACCAUUAAGGAGCCCAAGGUUCAGGAGGACCAAAAUGUAGCCAACAUGGCCACGGACACGGAAACUGAGAUGUUAGUCAUCUCUGACACUUUCAAAGAUAAGAACAACCUGUCACCUACUGAUAAGGAGAUUGAGGCAGAGUUCCAGCGUCUGGCACUGGGGUUUAAGUGUGACAUGUUCACUUUGGAGAAGAGGCUCAGGCUAGAGGAGAGGUCACGUGACCUAGCUGAGGAGAACGUCCGCAAAGAAGUCUCCAGCUGUCAGGGCCUACUGCAGGCUCUUAUUCCUCUUUGUGACGAUGACAACCAAUCAAUGGAGAUCAUCCAGAGGCUCCAGAAAAACCUGGAUAUUCUCAUCCAGUCCAUGACUAGGGUGUCCAGUCGCUCCGAGAUGCUAGGAGCGAUUCAUCAGGAGAGUCGUAUUGGAAAGGCUGUGGAGGUAAUGAUUCAGCACGUGGAGAACCUCAGGAGAUUGUACACCAAAGAGCAUGCUGAGCUGCUGGAACUGCGGGAGACGCUCAUGCAGAAUGAGAGGUCGUUUGGAUCACAAACAGAAAAAGAUGACUUCCGUGAAAGAAAGAAACAGUCAUCACAGUACUACAAGACAUCAGCCCGGCGGAGCAGUAUGAUAGCGCUUCCUCGUGCUGGCGCAGGCAACAUGCAUUUUGACACGUCCAAAACACAAGAUGGCUCAGAGGUUGAAUCGGAACGACUGACCAGACGGUCCCCAUGGAAUGUGGCAGGGAAGAGCACAGCGCGUCCCCCACUCAAACGUUUUAGUAGCUCUGUGCCCUGGGUCGACACUGAAGAGCCCUCGCUUGUGAUGAAGGGGACGGCCUGCAACAACACAGACUGCCAGUCGGAGGACGAGCAGAAGGAGAAGACAGUGGCGGAGAGGAGGUCCAGUCUCAGUGAGCUGGGCAGCAAACUCACCUCACUCAUUCUGCCCCUUAAGACGCCUAGCCCUUCGUCCAGCCCUACAUCUACAGAACCAGGAGUGGCCCAGUCUCUGUCCCAUAGUUUAACCAGUUCCCGGACGGCAGUAGCCAGAGGUGGCAGGGGUGUUUGGCUUUGGCUAGCCAUGAUGGUGCUCCUAGCAGGUCUCUUGGCACUGCUGGCCAGCCUGGUGAUGCAGCCAGCAGUAGACGCAGCCCCUGUAGGGACCGGGGACUCCUGGAUGACCAUCCAGCAGCUGCUGUGGCCCUACACAGGGCUCCGGUACAACGGACAGCCCCCUGUCUAGUCGAAGUCCUGAGGUUGGAUGGUGCUAGUGCCCAUCAGCCCUUCAGAGAUAUUUAUUGCACUGGGAGAGCAGAGGCUGUUGGGAUGUUUACUGUGCCUGCAAAUUCCUAUAAAACUUGCGUCGACAGCACAGGCCUGGCCUCAGGAAUAGUUAACCCUAUGGAGGAGUUUAUGCAUCACAUUAUGUUUGCUAAAUUAGAUUAUCUAUGUGUGUGUAUGCAUGUGUGAUAGUGCUGAUCAGCUGUUCAGUGAGCUGCUCCACCUGUGGCUUUUUAAACAUUUUAUGUACUUGAGGAUACAGGAGAAUACCAGCAUUUUUAAUGGAAUUUUACCUCAUUGGUUGCUGAGGACAUUUUAUAACUUUUAACUCUUUAAACACUGGUAAUAAAACUCUUAAGUGUUUAUGAAAUCUAUAUUUAUGAGUUUGCUAGUUUUGAGUGGAAAAUGUGAUUAUGAGUUUUGUUAACUUAUAUUUCUGCAUUAUUACAGUUUCAACACCAAAGUUUUGUUUGUUUGUUUUUUUGUAUUUUCCAUCUUCAAGUUUUUGCUGUGGUUGCCACAACUUCAUACACUUUUGUAUGUUCCAAAGGAGAUGCGUGGAUCUUUGCACAAAUAAAGUAGCCAAUUCUAC